AUGAAAGAAUUGAUUCGAAAACGUCCAAGACAGGCAAUAUUAAAAAACAAAGCUAAACCAACCCGAAAUGAUAUUCAGCAUGCGUGCGUUCAAUACAUUCUCGAUUCAGUUAUUCAAGCACUCUUGAAAAAUCCCGAACGGCGUUUUAUCUAUGUCGAAAUGGCUUUUUUCUGGCGUUGGUGGAAUGAACAGUCGGACGAUGUGCGUGAAACUGUCAAGGAACUCGUGAAUGAUGGUCGCCUUGAAUUCAUUUCGGGUGGUUGGUGUAUGAAUGACGAAGGGAUAACACAUUACAAUUCGAUCAUCGAUCAACACAGUUUAGGAGCCGAAUUUUUGCGUGAUCAAUUUGGUGAAUGCGCUCGACCGAAAAUCGGCUGGCAAAUUGAUCCGUUCGGCCAUUCACGCGAAGUUGCUUCACUCUUUGCACAGAUGGGCUUCGAUGGUCUAUUUUUUGGACGAGUUGACUAUCAAGAUUACCAACACCGUACUAUGACAAAGACAAUGGAAAUGGUUUGGAAGGGUAGUGCCAAUUUGAACCGUGAGAGUUGGCUGUUUACAGGUGUAUUGCCACGUGUAUACGAACCUCCAGACUCAUUCUGUUUCGAUCAAUUCUGUAAUGAUCAACCUGUGAUGGAUGAUUCAAGCCUGCAUGAUUACAAUGUUCCUGAACGAGUUCAAGCAUUCAUCAAUGCUGCUCAUGACCAGGCUCGUGGUUAUGCUACGAAUCAUAUCAUAAUGACAAUGGGCAGUGAUUUUCAAUACGAAUAUGCUAAUGUGUGGUUCAAAAAUUUGGAUAAAUUGAUCAAAUAUGUCAAUGCUCAGCAAGUGAAUGGUAGCGAUGUCAAUGUGUUCUAUUCAACACCCUCGUGUUAUUUGUAUGCACUCAAUAAGGCUGGUCUAACUUGGCCAUCGAAAACGGACGAUUUUUUUCCUAUUGCUCAGAAUCCACAUGGGUUCUGGACAGGUUACUUUACUUCAAGAGCUGCGCUCAAACGUUAUGAAAGAUAUUCAAACAAUAUCCUUCAAGCAACGCGUCAACUCAAUGCACUUUCAGAAAUUAAUUUACGCAGCAGUAUUUUUCAUUUGAGCGAAGCAAUGGGUGUUGCUCAACAUCAUGAUGCAGUUAGUGGAACUGAGAAACAACAUGUUGCCGAUGAUUAUGCUCAACGAUUAUCUCAAGGUAUCGAUAUAGCAGCGGAUGUGAUCAAUAGCUCCUAUGCUAAAUUAUUGCCUAAAGAGAGUGGAUUGGCACCACCAUUGGUUCAAUUUCUUUGUCACUAUUCAAACAUUAGCGAAUGUCUUCCCAUCGAAGGGCAGAUUCGGUUCACAUUGACACUCUGGAAUCCGACAAUCCAUCCAGUUACUUAUUAUGCUCAUGUGCCAGCAAUAAUGCAAUAUUCGAUUCGUGAUCCAACGGGAAACAUUGUUCCAUCCGAAUUUCUUCCAAUUCCAAACAUCACGAAAAACAUUCCUGGCCGAACAAGUUCUGCUAAUUACCAGCACAUAUUCAAAACUUCGCUGCCUGCUCUUGGUUUUAACACUUAUUAUUUCGAAAUGAUACACGAUGAGAAGAUCGAAAAGAAGAAAGUGAUGAUGACACAAAAUGAAACGUGCACUCUGGAGAAUGAACAUCUUCGCAUCGAAUUCGACGAUCAAGGCAAUCUACAUCAGAUCACCAAUUUGGAGAAGGGCAUCGCAACAUCUUUUACUACACAGGGCUUCUACUGGUACACAGGCUUUCCUGGCAACAAUUCCCGCAGUGAAUUUCAAGCGUCCGGUGCCUACUUUUUCCGACCAUUGAUGCCGGAUCCACAACCCGUGAGCACCAUGCGCAGCAUAACGUGUACGAAAACGGAAGCUGUUCAAUCAGCAUUGAUCAUAUUUAAUAAUUGGGCCAGUCAAGAGGUGAAUCUAUUUCAAGGAUCAGCGGCGGUAGAAUUUGAAUGGACUAUCGGGCCAAUUCCGAUAGAUGACUAUAUCGGCAAAGAAAUUAUCGUACGUUAUGAUACUGAUAUUCAAAGUAAAUCGACAUAUUAUACGGAUGCUAAUGGGCGUGAAGUACUCGAACGCAAAGUUGACUAUCGACCAACAUGGAAUUAUACUGUCAAUGAAAAUAUCAGUGGCAAUUAUUAUCCAAUCAGUAGUCGUAUUUGGAUCAAAGAUGAACAACGACAAUUGACUGUACUUACAGAUCGGUCCGAAGGUGGUGGAAGCAUUCAUGAUGGCUCAAUUGAAAUCAUGGUGCACAGGCGUUUACUCUACGAUGAUAAUGAAGGCGUUGGCGAGCCAUUGAAUGAAACAGCGUUCGGUACAGGUCUUGUCGUGCGUGGCAAACAUUUUCUCAUUCUCGAACCACCUGAAAACAGUGCUCUCAUUCAUCGAGUAGGUGCUCAACAAUUGUUCAUGAAUCCCAUUGCGACUUAUGCUUUGCCCCAAAAUUCCUAUGCAGACUAUGAAAGUCUCUAUCGUCAAACAUGGUCUGCUCUGUCGGAUAGCAUGCCACUCAAUGUUCAUUUGUUGACAUUUGAUCAAUUGGGCCCCAAACAAUUUCUUAUUCGAAUUGAACACUACUUUGAACUCAACGAAGAUGAAAUCUAUUCACAGCCAGUUCAAAUCUAUCUGCAAGAUUUAUUCAAAAGCCUCGGCACAAUUACUGAUUUGAUCGAACUGACACUCGGUGCUAAUUUACCAUUGUCACAAUUGCAUCGACUCGAUUGGAUGACAAACAACAAUGAAUCAUCACAUGUGGAGACAACCCAACAAACUCAUUUGAAAGACACAAUGGUCAUGCUCAAUCCAAUGCAAAUCAAGACAUUUCAAGUCACAUUGUGA